CUUCCUUCGUGUUAACUAACAAAACCUAAAAAAGCUAUUUAAUGGAGUCUGAGAAGAACAACACAAGAACAGAGUCGACUCCGAGACAAAAGACAACAUGAAACCAGAACUUCCUGGGUUUUAUUACGACGAGGAGAAGAACAGAUACUUCCCCAUUAAAGGCCCUAUCCCUGGUGCAAAAGCUUCUUCAUCUUCAAGAAGCCAACAAAAACCUGACCCAAAGCCUGAACAGGAAACAAAUUAUCAGAAGAGAACAAAACUAAAGGCAUUGAAGCUAGUUUAUUCCCGAGAGUUAAAUGGCAAUGUUGUUCCUGUCAAUAAGAAGAUGUCUAACUUCAAGGAGGAGAUUCAAAAGACACAAGCCUCUUAUCCUUUGGUAUGGAGAUACGAAUCAACAAAACACACAGGCGAUGCUGCUUUGAAACAGUUUCAGGUUGAUGUACAAACAUCUGUGGGCUUGACCAGAAAGAACAUCCUAGUAGCUGGCAGUUCUAGUGGUUGCUUGAGCAUAUUGAAAGUUUCCAAAGCUAAACAAGUAUUCGAUGGUGGAAUCGACUGUGAUCCAGUUUCUGUUCUUCCCCUCAAAGAAAACAAUGCAGAAGAAAGGGAAGCACCUUGGUUUGUAUGGAGACCUGCACAACCUUAUCUAGCCUUAUCUACUAUAUCUUCUAUUCAGUUGAUUGGAAGAUAUGAUGAUGCAUCUGAAAACUCCAACCCCGUAAAUCGAGCAUUGAUAACUACACUAGGAUCAACUGGUCGUGGGUCGGUUUUUAUAUUAAAUGUUGCUGAUGAAAUGAACAUACUUACUCCACGAAGCCUCCAAGGGAAUGUUUCCUCUGAGUGUACCAUUUGGACAGCUGAUUGCAAUAUACGUGGGAGUCAUGCAGCUAUUGGUACCGACUUAGGAGCCGCUUCGAUUGAUUUGGAAACAGGAGCAGGUUCAUACUUUCUCCGAAGCAAAAGCGAUGUUCUUGCGCUACAAUAUCAUCAAUCGGGAAACAUUGUUCAGUGCGGACUCAGAAAUGGAGCCAUUGUGUCAGUUGAUCUACGUGAGAGACCAGGAAGACCGUUUCCAAGGCUCACUAGACACCAGAUACGAUAUCAGUCAUCAAGUAAAACCGGUCAAACUACUAAAAAUAAACAAUGGUUUGAGCUCCAAGGAAACAUAAAUCCGUCUCAUGUAAUCUAUAUGCCGUCAUCUCUUACGUGCCUGAAGACACUCAAAACUUCUGAUCAGUACUUAAUGGCAAGCUCCAUGGAUGGAACAAUCAGAUUAUACGAUCAACGCUUGGUUAAGAGAGGGGUCGCUGUACAGACAUAUGAAGGACAUGUAAAUUCUCAUACUCGCAUUGAAUUUGGCAUCGAUCCGACAGAAAAGUUUCUUUUAUCAGGAGGAGAGGACUGCUAUACUCGCAUUUGGAGUAUCAAAUCUGGUCAACUGUUGUCUGAAAACAAAUUCUCGGACUCUGUCCCUUCAGUUGUGUGUUGGUCUACUGAUGAAAGGCAAAAAGACCGAAAAGAUAGCAUUAUGUAUGGGGCAUGGCUUGGAUCGCACGAAUCAAUAUUCAACGUGUUGUAAGAUGUUAACUGUUUAGCAAGAAGGUUCUAAGACAAUGGAAGCUGUUGCUUGUUAUUCAUAUUCAACAGAAGGUAGCAGAACCAUGAUCUUGAAGAUAGAAAGAUCCUUUUUUUAGCCUUGUAACAGUAAUUAUAGAAUCAGGUUUUUUGAAAUUGUAAAGAAGACAAAAUUCUUCAUUUCUUUUAUGUUCUCUCUUCCAUCUUCAAUGCUAAUGAGUUAUGGGAGAAGCUGUUCAAUCAAACACUGGAUUUAGUUAAGCAA